AUGCACCCCAUGGUAGUGGCAGUGCCCCUUCUGAACGUUAGAGAAAGCCAUGUCGCCGCGGCAACGGGGGUCGGCGAUCCCAUCACCACCGCGGCCCGAGACCCGACCUUCAGAGCUGACCCGGCCGCUUCACCCGCCGCUUCACCCGCCGCGGCCCAGGACGUCUUCAAACACAAGUGCAACAGGAAAACUCUGAGACGGACGCGAUCGACUCGAGUUGCACCCAUUUCACAAAGCACCGGUCCCUCGCUGAUCCUCCUGCAGGUGGUGGGUCUGUUGUGGGGUUAA